AAUUCCUCAGGUGUCAGCCUGAACUAUUGUUGCUAAUGGGCCGUAAAACCAAAGCUCAAUAAGAAAUUUACUAAGAACCCUAAAUUCAGAAUUACAAAUAUAUUCGCUAGAUGUUUAGGGUUUAUUUGCUUUUGGUGAGCCAUUUGUAGAUCUACGACGACGACAAUGGUUGCCUCCAAGAAGACCAAGAAGACUCAUGAGAGCAUUAACAACAGAUUGGCUCUCGUUAUGAAGAGUGGGAAAUACACUUUGGGUUACAAAACUGUUCUUAAAUCUCUCAGAAACUCCAAGGGUAAGCUGAUUAUCAUUGCCAACAACUGCCCUCCUCUUAGGAAGUCAGAGAUUGAAUAUUAUGCCAUGUUGUGCAAGGUUGGAGUUCACCACUACAAUGGAAACAAUGUAGAUUUGGGGACUGCCUGUGGCAAAUACUUCAGAGUGUGCUGCCUCAGCUUAUUGACCCGGGUGACUCUGAUAUUAUCAAGAGCAUGCCCGGAGAUCACUAAACGACCGAGUAUGAUACAUCACACUAUAGGUCUUGUUCUGAUUUAGUUUAUAUCUUUUCUGUGUUUGGAAACAUUGAUGUCAAAGAGAACUUAUUCUGAAAUUCAGAACUUCCUUUGUGGUCCUUUUGGAUGUUUGAUAUGACUCGUGUUGUGAGUGAAUUUCGCUUAAGAU